UACUUUCAAUUUCGCUAUUGGCGCUUCGUGGAAUUUGUUCUUACUUUCGUUAUCAAAAUACUUGGGACACAUCUACCCGGACAAGAUUAAUAAUACUUCGAAAUAUUUAACUUAUUUGUGGAAUAUUACCUACUUGUACUAGGUGUGUUUUUGGGACAAAAGUAAGUGAAUAUUAAUCAAUCUGACGUAAACAUGGCGGACAAGACGGAACCAAAAAAACUAACCGACAGCCGAUAUGCAACGUUCAGCAGAAAUCAAGGAUUACUACAACAGAGGAAACCGGAAUCAAAAAUCUUCAACACCCCUAUGACACUUGUUGAAAACAAAAACGGAAAGACGGCUUGCAAUCACGAAACUUUAGCUGAGCUUAGUAAAAUAGAGAAAACCCUAAAUGUGGUGUCCGUGGUGGGAAGUCUUAGAACCGGGAAGUCCUUCCUGUUGAAUAAACUUGCAAAAGCAGAAUCAGGGAACGGGUUCGAGACCGGACACACUACAAAAGCUGUCACCAAAGGCAUUUGGGUGUUGUGUCGACCACAUCCAACACAAGAGGAUCAAGUCCUUGUUCUGCUAGACACAGAAGGAAUAGAUGAUCCAGAUAAGGUGGAGAUUACAGAUGAUCAAUGGCUCUUCAUCUUAUCCACACUACUUAGCAGCACCAUGGUUUAUAAUACAAGAGGAAAUUUGGACAAAACGGCUAUAGAUAAAUUCAGAUUCUUGAAGGAAAUCAAAUCAUCGAUUAGCGUGAUAGGCUCAAAUACUGAUGAUUCAAUCCUAGAUUUCUUCUUUCCUACCUUUGUCCUUGCUUUGAGAGAUUUCACAUUAACUAUACAGGACAAGACCGCCGAUGUUUUUUUAGAAGGCAAACUGAUGAUGCAGCGGGGACAGUCGGACAAGAUACGCAAGUUUAAUGAACCGAGACAACUUAUUAGAAGAUAUUUCAAGAAAAGGAGAUGCUUUAUCUUCAUCAAACCUACAAAAACAAAACAUCUUUCCAAGCUAAUGACUAUCGAUGAAAAAGAAUUAAAGCCAGAGUUUCAGGAGACUUUAAACUCGUUUAGGGACUAUAUCUUUUCAUGUGAACCAAAAACCUUAAAAUCUGGAAGAGGUGUUAAUGGAAGAAUGUUGGCAACACUUCUUACAAGCUACGUCAACUCGAUUCAAGCUGGAAAUCCGCCCUGUCUCAGUGAGGCCAUGGCUACCAUGGCUGAUGUUGAAAACGCACGAGCUGUUGAUAAAGCCACUGAAGUUUACAACAGAGAGAUGAAAAAUCAUAUCACGAAUCAUAAUGUUCCUACUGAUACAGGUCUUUUAGGGUUCCACAGUGAAAGCAUGAAAGCAGCGAUUGAAGUUUUGAGGACUGAACUUGUGUUUGAUGAUAAUCAAGUGUAUGAAGAACAGGCUCUUGUAAAAUUCAAGGAACACUUGAAAAAGUUCAAAUCCGCCGCCGACAAGAAUUCAAGAGCCAUGUGUCAACAUAGACUGGAAAUUCUUAACUUGAAAGUGAUGCGCAAAGUUAAGAAUCGUGUGUAUUGUCAUCCUGCUGGAUAUGAUGAGUAUAUGACAGAUCUUAACUGGAUAAUUAAACAAUACAACAAAGAUGCACCUUGUCUUGGAGCUAAGGCUAGAGAAUCUUUGCAAGAAUAUUUAGACGGUAAAGAGUCUGAGGAGGAACAGGUUUAUCAAAUGGUUUUGGAAGCACAAGAAGAAGGGGCUAAAGAGAAGCCUAAACCACGGAUACAACGCCUAAGCUCUCUGACUGAAAUUAAUCCAGAAGAAGCUGAACAUAUAAAAGAAAAAGAAGCCGAAGAAAAGAAGAUAGAGGAUGAAAUCAAGCGUGAUAUAACUGUCCUGCAAAUAAACGGUAUGAACAGUAUUGGAACACAAUAUUUGGAGAUUCUUGAAAUGAAAGUUAACGAACUCGAGCGUGUGAAAAGCGAGUUAUCAGCUGACGACCCAUAUUACGAGUCUCUCCUGUUGGAAACAGAAUAUUGGAAAAAAUUGUUAGAAAAAGCAACUUGGAAUCAACCACAAUACAAAAGCAAACAGGAUAAUGUACCAGAUUCUUCUCAACAAGGAGAGCAACAAAAAACUAAAGAACACACAGAAACCGUUCAAAAAGCAGACUUCAACCAAAGCAGCGGAGUAACAGAUCAAAACGAAAGAGAACCGACGAGAAAGAAUGCCCCUUUGCCGGUUUACGAUGAAAAUUAUUUUCGCGUCAAACCGAAGCCAUUUCCAGCCAAUAAAGAGUCUAUCGACCCCAAAUUUAUCAUAGAUCUUGACAAUAAAAUUGCGCCUAAAGUAAAAGAAGAUAAAGUCAAAAAAGAACCGGAAUGUAUUAUUCUGUAAUGUUUGAUGUUUGAAAAGAAUUUAAACGCAAUGAGCUGAUACAAUUAUGUUGUAUAUAGUUUAUACAGUAUGUAAAGUUUUACGUUGAAUAUAGCUUUAUUGGCAUUAUAUUUAUUUGUUUUCACAAACGCAAAGACUGUACCAUUAGAAAGACAAGAAAUUGAAUUGAGUAUUAAAGUGUUCAAUAUUCAAGUUAAUUUAUAUUUAUCUAUUCCUUUUACUCUGUAGCAUGUAGAGCUAUUUUUGUAUUUUAUGUUUUAGUUUUUUUUAUAUUAUUAUGAAGCUUAUAAUCAUUUACAUGAAUAUAAAUGUUAGUUUAUCGAAGUAAGUGUUACUUCAGCAGAGAUUAUUAUUGAAUACAGUGUAAAAAGUUUAGGUUUUUGUGUUUUCAUGUUUUCAACGGACACAAACAAAAAUACAUGUUAACAUCUUUAUCCUUUCAAUUUUAACAGAACUGUCGGAGGACGGCGACGCGACUAUUCGAAAAAGUAGUCACAAGGGUGUUUCAUUGAGUGUAAU